GCAGUGUAUUCCUUAAAUUUUAAUGAGCCAUAGAAAAAACUAUCAUAAAUUGCCUCUUCUAUCUGGCUCUGCCGAAAAUUGACCAAGAGAUGGCGCCCUACACAGUGACAAGGAAACAGCUGUUGGAUUGACGUGUUGAGAAAGAAAAUAAAAUUUAGGAAAUAAACAAAGUUUUGCCAAUUUUAUAAAACAACUUGGAGUGAUUCAAGAUGGCCUCAGCAUCGAGCAGUUCAGCACGUCAUCUCUUCAGCGAUAGCAAGAAACGACUUUGCGAUCGCGUUGGUGUUAAUGUAAACAAUUUGGGUUCCGUCGCACGCCAGAUAGUGCGCGGUUCCAAGUCAAAUGAGAUUUUGGGUCAGAGCAUAAAAAACUUCACACAAGUAGACAUUGUAUCCGAUUAUAGUAGUCAGAAUUUGCAUAAAAUGCAGCUGAUAUUACAACAUGUCGACUAUCAGCAUGAAAUCAUGCUUGACAGUGUAAAUCAUAUGGAUUAUCUGAAGGAUCAAGUGACGGCAAUGGAAAGAUGAUUAGAAGAGAGUGGCUGUAGAAAUUAAGCAUGUGUUCGUGAAGCUUUCUACGCCAAUUUCUUGUUUAUAUAUUGAUUUAUUUAAAUCUAAUAUUGAAAAGUUCGGCUUUAGUUUAUUUAUAAGUGGUAUGUUUUGUGGUCUGUGCAUGUUGCCUGAACUAAGAAGACUUUAAAAUAUUGGUACGCAGAAAAGAACUAACAGUUCAGGCAUAUGAAAAAUACUUAGUGCAGCGUAGUUGCUUUUGUUUUUUAGCAGGAAAAUGUUAUAUGUUUGAAAUGUAAUGCAAGUUGAGAAUUUAGGUUAGUAGGUUGACGUAAAAGUAAAUAAUAUGAUUAUGUGUAUACCUAUGCUAGCAACUAUUAUAACGCGUAAUUUUAAUUUUU